AUGGGCAGAUCAUCUUCUUCCAAUUCAAGAUCAACUAGCGACGACAGCACGAACCUCGAAAGUCUUCCGCUUUACUCCGAUCUCACAAUCGCAUCACCAGCUGAGCUCACUGCUCCAAAUGACACAGCAAGCCCAGAUGAAGUUCGCAGUUUUCUUGUACAGCUGCUCGUACAGAAUCGAAAAUUGCAUCCAGACCAUGCCAGACGGAUCGCCUCGAAAUGGAAUCUAGGGACUGGGCGCGAACUGCUAAGCUACACGCCGUCGCUUUACGCGGAAAUCUUCGGUCUUGAAGAUGCAUGGAUGGUCUACAAGGAAGCCAAAGUGUUUAUUCUCACGCAGAGGAAAAAAGGCAAGCCCAAAGUAAGAUGUAAGCUUCUUGAUUUGAUUCGCUGGGAGUGGACAAUCAAUACUAAUAUUCACUUGCAGGGAUCUUGUUCAGUAUACUCUUGGUGCUGUUCAGCGUAUCCUUAA